AUGUCUGAACCCAUCAUGAAAUCGAAUGCCCCGCUAUUCUGCACCACUACCACAAGCCUCGAAGCCGAGCCACCCACGCCCCCUCAGGUCCCUAAGAACUGCAGGAUUCUUUGGAGCGAGCAGAAUCAAGAGAUAGCACAUCGCGUCCUCAAAGAGUACACGUACGGGGCCCCGACGUCCAGCCUUUCGUUUGAACAGCAGGUCUUUAAUAUAGAAAAGGAUACCAACGGGGUUUUCGUUGGCUUCAGCGUUUACGAAGCAGUCACCGUUCUCAACAACCUCGACAAAUUGUACGAUUUGAAGGGUGAAGAACGCAAGUUCUUUAUGAACUACCUUCUCGAUGUCGAUUGUGUGAUGGACGAGGGAGGGGUCCAAGGUGCUGGUGGCGGAUGGGAUUUGACCGAAGAACCCCCCAAGAUGCUCAGUGAAUCCGAUUGGAAGAAACUCCUCGACCUCUACCACUACAGUAUCCUCGAAGCCGAGACCAACUUGAUGCUGGCUACACAAACCCUCCACCAGAUGCAUCAGGUCGGCUUCCCGGUUCCUUUUGCGCACAGCACUGCGCUGCAGACCCAUGGAGACGCCGUCACCGGGACGUCCAUUACCGGUGAGACACAGGUUCGCCGCACCCUCAAACCGGGUGGGGAGACUCAUUCCGACAGGUUCGGAAACAUGGUAUGGCGCCUCGUGUGGAGCCACGAGCUUCAUCGCGAGAUGCACUGCCGUGAGUGUACCCCUCCCAUGAGCGAAUGGAAUUUCGACGAACCCCCUGUCCAAGAGACCCGGAUACGCCACGGCGAAGAGUCCGUCGUCAGGUUUUAUUUCCAGCCGAACGAGGAAACCGAUGGAACCCUCUACGUCGGAAUCAACCGUCAGAAUGCAACCGCAAUCGUCGAAUUCGAGGAGAGCCCAUACGAGGCGACCCCCGAUCCUAGAGAGUGGGCCGAGCAUCGCGUAGCUGAAACCGAGGCUCUUGCUGUUGCCAUGGGAUGUGAUCCGCUCCCUAAGUACCAGCCGAAGCUCCCGAAGCCGGAGACGACCCCCACGUGGAAAUACUGCAACGACAUCCAGAAGCGCGCUGAAAAGCUCCACAGUGAGUUGAUCGCUUACAGUAAGGCUCGCGAGGAAGUUGUUAAAGGUGCAGAACAUGCAGCUACCGAGAGUGAUCCUGGUAAUGUUACAGGCGGGUAG